CUUUGUCUGUAAAAAAUCUUCUUUAAUUUUCUCUUCCUCUUAGUUGCCUUCUUCUACUUACUAUAAGCUCUCUCUGCUUAGUGCUUCACUAGCCAAAUAAACCCACCUUCAAAAACACUCUUCAUUUUGCUUCUUCUCAUCUCUCUUGAAUCUCUGAUCAUCCUUCUCUCCAUCCCUUCUUCAUUUAUCUUUAAUUUAAAGCUUUUGAUUUUAAUUCAAAGCAAAAGGUUUUAUUGUUUUAAACUCUUUCUCUUAAUUUUGUAUUUGCAUGUGAUCAUAAAAUGUUGGAGGAAGGAAACUAAUAGUACGUAGGUACUCACUCUAAUUCUUACUUCUCUUUUUCUGUUUCAACUCAGGAAACAAUUUUAUGUGUUUUUCCCUGCCCAUCAUCUUCUUAACUUCUUUGAUUGAUAGAUAGAAAGAUGGGUGUCCAGUGCACUAAUUUGUUUGCAGCUUAGAUACAUAUCCACACUACUCAGUCAUUAUAACAUUAAUUGCUCAAAUCUUGAAACAACCCAAACUUUGAGCCUAGACAAGGAAGACAACCAAAUUGAAAGCCUUGUUUUGUAACCCUACCUGCGCUAUACUUGCUUCUUAAGUAGUAAUCCUUCUUCUUAAACACCAUUUUCUUCUUUCCAUUCCAUGUAGAAAAGCUCUUGACUCUUUUGUGAUCAGCAUAGUCUCUCAAUUAUUUGCCUGUCUCUCUUCCCAUCUUGCUUCCCUUUUCUUUUCUUUUCUUUUCUUUUUUGUUUUUGAAAUUUCCAAAGUUGGAUGAAAAAGAGACAAACAGUAAGUAGGAAAAACAAAACCUGGCUAGUGUCAAAUCUUUAGGGCAUCAUCACUUUUUGUUUUUUGCUGUUACUAAUUACAGGCCUUAAGAUCAUCACUUAGGUCUUUCUCUCUCACAAAAAAAAAACAGAAGAAGCAGUAGUAGUAACUAGUAAGUACCUCUUCAUACAUUUUGAUCAUACCUCCGGGUCUGUUUUUUAUAAGCUCUUUCCCCCAAAAUAUGUUUUUUCUAAUAUUCCUCACAUUUUAAUUCUUCCUUUUUGUUAUUUUCUUAUCCUUGGUCUCUGCCAUUUUUAUUAAAACAAAAACUAAAAAACAAAAGUUGGAUGAUGAUAAUUACUACUUAGAUAAUGGGUGUCUAGAAUCUCACACCUGCAGGCAGUCUGAUCCUACCAACAAGCCAGAGAGUGAGUGAGUGAGAGAAGAGGGGAAAAAAAAAAAAAAAAAAAAGCUUAUUAAAAACCUAUUAAGACAAGUUUCGAGAGAAAAAACAAUAUAUACUGUAAACUAAUUAAUCAUUUUAAGACUCUCAUCUGUCUUUCUUUCUUUCUUUCCUCCUUCUCUUUUGGUCUCCAAACCAACAGCACACAAAAGUGCAAGUAAGCAAGCACACUUAACUAGCUUUCACACUUCCAUCCAGAGAGAGAGAGAUAGAGAGAGAGAGGGAGAUGGAUCUUUCUAGUCAUGAAGGAGAAAUACCGAUCCCAAUAACCAGCAGUUAUGGAGGAGGAGUACACAGUCAUGUUCAUGCUGCUCACGUAAUUCAUCAUGAACCUACUUCACACAACCACAUUAUUAUCCCUUCAUCAACAGCACCUCAUCAACUUCCUUCAAAUGGAGCCAUUAUAUCUCCUACUACCAUAGAUGACCAUAUGCCGUACACAAAGAAGCUGGUCAAGUAUAGAGAAUGUCUCAAGAACCAUGCAGCAGCCAUGGGUGGAAAUGCAACAGACGGCUGUGGAGAAUUCAUGCCAAGUGGUGAAGAAGGUAGCCUCGAAGCUUUAAAGUGUUCAGCUUGUAAUUGCCAUAGAAAUUUCCAUAGGAAGGAGAUUGAAGGUGAAGCUACUUCCUGUGAUUUCUACCGCCCUUCACAUCUCAACAGCAAAAUGGGAAGGAAGAUCAUUGUGGGUCAUCACAAACUUUUGGGAUCAGAAGCUUUAGGGUACCCUACAGGUGCUAUCAUACCUUCCAGAGGAGCACAACCACCUCAUCAUCACCAUCAUCCGUUGAUACUUCCUUAUAACAUGAGUUCACUUCCUUCAGAGUCUGAUGAACAAGAAGGUGUUGGUGGUGGUGAUCAUGGAAUCUUGGCAAGAGCUUCACAUGCUGCGAAAAAGAGGUUUAGGACCAAAUUCUCACAAGAUCAGAAGGAUAAAAUGUUGAACUUUGCUGAGAAAGUUGGGUGGAGGAUACAAAAGCAAGAAGAAUCUGUUGUUCAACAAUUCUGUCAGGAAAUUGGUGUUAAGAGAAGAGUUCUUAAGGUCUGGAUGCACAACAACAAACUUAAUCUGGCCAAGAAACAGAAUAACAAUUCUUCCUCUACUCCUUAAUUGAUUUCUCUCUUUUCCCUGUCAUCUUUUAUUAAUGGUUGUGUGUAAUUUAGUUUAGUUUAGUUGGACAUGAAGUUUAUGAUUAGAUCGUUUGGUUCAAAAACAAACUAUGGACGUUCUUGUUUAGAAUUGGAUUAUCAAGUCUGAAAACCCAUUUUAAUUAUCUUAGUUAAUCUAAUUUUUCCUAGUUAAUUAAUGAAGUAGCUAGCAGCUAGUAGUAUAGGAGUGUUGUCUCUCUAUGAGUUUUACUUUUUCAUAGAAUUCAGUUCAUGAAAUGAUUAAUCAAAAGGAUGUGUUG